AGGAAGUGGGAACGAUAUCGCAUAGAGUGAAAGCUCUUGCAGUACUCCACUGUCUGGACAAGCUACAUUGUAAGUCUGGCGGAGUCUGUAUAAAACGUUAGUGUUUUUACGCAAAGAGAAAUUCAACCAAAUAGAAGAUUGAUGUCAUUUGGUGGAACGCAAAACGGCGGUCGCCGUAGUAAAUGGGACCAGCCGGGCCCAGGUCCUGGUUCAGACCAGAUGGGGGAGGCGGAGGCAGCUCCGACAGGGGCUCUGGACGCUGCAGCUGCUGUGGCAGCUAAGAUCAACGCCAUGCUGGUAGCCAAGGGCAAGCUCAAGCCCUCCCAGAUAGGACCCUCUGGACCAUCUGGACCCCCAGACAAGGUUGUGGGUGCAGGGAAGCCCCAGCCUCCUAUGAAAGCGAAGGAUGACCUGGUGGUGGCGGAGGUGGAGAUCAACGACGUUCCGCUCCCCUGCCGGAACCUGCUGACCCGCGGACAGACACAGGACGAGAUCAGCAAAGUGAGCGGUGCUGCUGUGUCCACCAGGGGGCGAUACAUGGCAGCAGUGGAGAAGUACAAGGCUCCACAAGGGGACCGGCCCCUCUAUCUUCACGUCCAGGGCCAGACCAGGGAGCUUGUCGACAGAGCUGUGAACCGCAUCAAGGAGAUCAUCACUAACGGAGUGGUGAAGGCGGCCACCUCCUCCUACAGCGGAACCGGAGCCACAGUCCCAGUCUACCAGCAACACAAACCCCAGCCCCCCUCACUGCCCCCCAUCAACCACCAUCACAGACCACACUUCCAGUCUGGGAUGCACUAUGUGCAGGAAAAGUUGUUUGUGGGUCUGGAGCAUGCCAUCCAGGGCUUCUCAGUGAAGGAGAGGGUGGAAGGGCCAGGCAGCUCCUACCUGCAGCACAUCCAGGGUGAGACUGGGGCCAAGGUCUUCCUCAGGGGGAAGGGAUCAGGCUGUCUGGAGCCCGCCUCUGGGCGAGAGGCCUUCGAACCGAUGUACAUCUACAUCAGUCAUCCCAAACCAGAGGGCCUUGCUGCAGCUAAGACCCUGUGUGACAACCUUCUGCAGACUGUUCAUGCAGAGUAUUCUGUCUUCCUCAACCAGAUGAGUGUCAUGAUGCCUACUCCCGGCUUUAUGCAGCCCCCCAUGGCCAACGGGAUGCCCCCCCAGCCCCCUUACUACCCCCCAUCGGGGUACCAGCCCAGCUACCCCCUCCCUGUACCUCCUCCUCAGCCCAUUCCUCCCCCCUACGCUGUCCCCCCUCCCAUUCCCCCUGGGCUGCCCGCCAGUCUCCCCCCUCCCAACCGGUACGCCCUCCCCCCUGCACCUGUCACUUUACCACAGACUCUCCCACCUUCUCCUUUCCCACCCGCUGCUCCGGUUCCACCCAAAGCUCCGCCUGUAGUCUCAGCCAAUCCGCCGCAGAAAAGACGCUUCACUGAGGAGGUGCCAGACGAGAGGGACAGCGGUCUGCUGGGAUACCAGCAUGGACCCAUUCAUAUGACUAAUUUAGGUGCAGGCUUCCCUGUGGGCAGCCCCGGCCCAGAGGCUUCAGGACCCCCGCCACCGAGUUCCUCCGGGCCGCCGAGGGAGAGGGACAGUAGGCAGCUGAUGCCUCCACCACCCAUUCCAAUGAACGGAGGCAUGACACCCAAGAUGGAGGAGAGGAGGCUGCUGCAAGGCCCCCUGGAUCCCUCAGUGAAGAGGAUGAAGACGGGGCUCGUGGCGUACGCUGGUGACUCCUCGGACGAAGAGGAGGACCACUCCACCCCCAAAACCUUGGGGGCAGGUAACCAUGGUAACGUCGCUGGGGCGACCCACUCCACCCCCACCUCACCCCCUGGCUGGACUCUGGGGUACCGCUGCCCCCCUCCGCCUCCCCAACGUGCCAAAACACAGCAGGCACAGUCACAGCAGCCCAUGCCCUUCUGGAUGGCCCCAUAACACAGGAGUAUUAAACCUCAUACCCUCCCCUGACACCUAGGGCCUUUUGGAUGGCCCCAUAACACAGGAGUAUUAAACCUCAUACCCUCCCCUGACACCUAGGGCCUUUUGGAGGGUUCCAUAAUGAUGUUUUACACCCCAAACUGAGCCCCCCUCUUCCCCUUUUCUCUGAACCAUCACUCCUACCUACUCCUCUACUUGAUAGAAUUUAUUUUGUGAUGACUUAGAUUUCGUUAAAACAGUUUUGCCAUGCGCUCAGCAGUAAAGCAGUGUGUGUGUAAAAUGGACUAAACAGACCGGCUGGCUGAUACAAAGAGAACAGACUGAACCAGUCAACCAGGCACAACCAGGAUACUGACAGACUGGAUACAUGGUGACAAGCAGCAAGAUGCCCCAGACUUCCACACAGAUUCAAGUGUACUCUGAACUCUGUAUAGGAGAGACAGCUGAGGAACAGACACAAAUGGAGGGUAAUAGUGCCCUGUUUUUGGUUGAUUUGGAACGUGUCCACUCCUGGUUUUACUAGUGUAGAAAAACACUGAGGUAGAAGAGAUUUCAAUGCAUUCUAAGUUAUUUCUUUGUUAAAAAAUAUAUUUCCCCCAUCCCCAUUUUCUUUCUUGGUCCAUAUCUUAGUCAAAUCUCCCUGUUCCUUCAUUGAGUACAGAUCAUACAAACAUGCUCGUUGGACUUUUUAUAAAAUGCAAUUGACUCAACUAUUCUAAUGUUUUUGUGGAAUAAAUUAGCAUUAUCUCUGUG